UAAAAAUAUUUACUUUUUGUAAUAAUUAGGUAAUCAUGGCAGCUGAUGAAGAUAACAAAAAACAAGUUCUUAAGGAGCCUUGGUCAGAUGAAGGAUUUAUGAAAGAUGAACAAAGAGAGAGAUUAAUUGAUGAAAUUGCAAAGGAAAAUAUUCAGUUAAAGGAGGAGAUCCAAAGGCUUGAAACUGAGUUACAAGAAGCCACCAUAAAUUCCCAGAUUAAAGAGGAUAUUCCUGAAACAAAGGUGAAAUUCACAUCUUUAGAGAAUCCUGAGAAUGACAGCCAGUUUUUAAAUAUCUCCUGUUCAUUUCAAGUGAGCUCGCAAGUUCCUUAUGAGCUACAGAAAGGACAAGCUCUUAUCACUUUUGAAAAAGAAGAAGUUGCCCAAAACAUCAUCAGGAUGGGGAAGCAUUAUGUGAAGAUAAAGGAUGUAGAUGUGGAGGUUUUGGCCAAGCCCGUUCCAUUAAAUUCAGGAGUCAGAUUCCAGGUUCAUGAAGAAUACUCUACAGUGAAGAUCAAUGUUACUGACAUUCCUGACGGAUUGCCGGAAGAUCAGAUGAGAGACAAGCUAGAACUGAGCUUUUCUAAGUCCAUAAACGGAGGCGGGGAAGUGCAAUGCGUGCAGUAUGAUAAGCAGUCACGGAGUGCCAUGAUCACAUUUGUGGAAACUGGAGUUGCUGACAAGAUUUUGAAAAAGAAAGACUAUCCGCUUUAUAUAAAUCAAAACUGCUAUAGAGUUACUGUUUCUCCAUACACAGAAACACACUUGAAAAAUUUUCAGGUAUUUUCAGGAAUAUCGGAGAGGACGGUGCUUCUGACUGGAAUGGAAGAUCUUCAGAUGAUGGAUGAAGAACUUUUACAGGAUUUAGUUAACAUUCACUUUCAACGGAAGACGAACGGAGGUGGAGAGGUGGAAGUGGUCAAAUGUUCUCUAGGUCAACCUUACAUCACGUACUUUGAAGAAGAGAGGAAUGGAAUGGUCUGAAUAUUAGAGCCUCUGAGCCCAAAUCACUGUCAGUUUGACAAAAAUGAAUAUCCCUUUUCCUUUAAAGAAUGAAGACUUCAGGGCGCCUGGGUGGCUCAAUUGGUUAAGCCACUGCCUUCGGCUCAGGUCAUGAUCCUGGAGUCCCGGGAUCGAGUCCUGCAUCGGGCUCCCUGCUCAGCGGGGAGUCUGCUUCUCCCUCUGACCCUUCCCCCUCGCAUGUGCUCUCUCUCUCUCUCUCUCAUUCUUUCUCUCAAAUAAAUAAAUAAAAUCUUUAAAAAAAAAAGAA